GUUACUGCACACUCCCCUAAAGUUUUUUAGAAUCAACUUGUCACAGAAGUAGAUUACAGAACGCAUGGAGCCAUUAGUUUUCACUGUUUGCAUUUUCCGUGAAUGCUGUUACAUUAUGAGCUGCAUCAGUGACUUUUUAUUGAUCCUUUAAUGUGGCCCAAUUAAAACGUUUUGCUGCUGCUUCUCGCGAAGCCAUUGGCUGGCGGCUGCUCUCCGGUUCUCCUCGGCCCCGCCCCCUCCUGUCAUCCCCUGCGCUGGUACAGCACUGUGACUGUUGAUGCACUGGAGUGAGAUACUAUUCUUUAACUUUACACCACAGGCCUGCAUGGAAAUUAACCGAGAAAAUUAAUAACCUCAUUAGUUAGUGGGGGUUCGUGCAAGGCGCGCGCGUAUCCGAAAUCCAGCGUCUUGGAUCCUUUUCCUCCACUUUUCCCAAGCCCUCUUUUUACAGUAUGAAGUGCAGUUAUGGCAAGGAGUAGCAAGUCAGUAGCGAGGACCCUGGAGGAUUUGACGCUAGAUUCGGGUUAUGGUGGAGCCGCGGACUCCUUCAGGUCUUCCAGUGCGUCGCUGUGCUGCUCAGAGGCACAUGGAGCGAAUUACUGGCAUUUAACCGACUCGAUGCACAGUCGACACAACAGUCUGGACACUGUUAACACGGUCCUGGUCGAAGACGCCGAGAUCCUGGAGUGCACCGGGCAGUGCGCUAAACUACCCGAGCUUGAGGAUGUGCCGUGGAGCCUCGGGGAAGUGGCGAGCGCACUGAGCAAGGACGAGGAGAUGAGCCUGCCGACCCCACCGCAGGACGUCCUGCUCAGGCUCUCCGUGCUGGUCAGCCGGGCCCUGGUGAGGGUCGCCAAGGAGGCGCAGCGCCUGAGUUUGCGCUACGCCAAAUGCACCAAAUACGAGAUCCAAAGUGCCAUAAAGAUCGUCCUGUCAUGGACCGUCUCGAUGAACUGCAUCAGCGCGGCCCUCAGUGCCUUGUCCAUGUACAACAUGUGCACGGACGAGGACAAGUUCAGCCGCGGCAAGGCGGUGCGCUGCGGACUCAUCUUCAACGUGGGGAAGUUCUUCAGGUGGAUGGUCGACAGCAGGGUUGCGGUCAGGAUCCACGAACACGCGGCGAUCUACCUGGCUGCGUGCAUGGAGAGCCUCUUCCGCGAGGUGUACGCGCGGGUGCUGCGCAGUGCGCUGCUGGAGAGGGACAACGGAAUCCCAAAGUUCACUGUGGAGACCCUGGAGCAGGCCGUCAACGGUGACGCAGAGAUAUGGGGGUCUCUGCAGGUCUGGCAGCACUUGAUCUGCGGGAAAAACGCAAGCGGUGUGCUGAGCUUACCGGAGGGUCUGACUCUUCACAGGGAGCAGCAGCAGCAGCAGCAGCAGCAGCAACGAGCAGGAAAGAGUUCAGAGGGAAACACCUACAGUCAGACCGACCUGCGCUCCGUUGAACAGUGCUUGUUGGCCACGAGAGUGGGCAGCGUCUCUGAACUCAGUGACCUAGUCUCCCGAGCCAUGCACCACCUCCAGCCGCUGUACAUGAAGAACCACAACAACGGGACGCCGAUCCACCACAAGAGCAGCGUGAUUCAGUGGGCUCCCGAAGCAAUCUACACGCUGUGCUACUUCAUGCACUGCCCCCAGAUGGAGUGGGAGAACCCCAAUGUUGAGCCGUCCAAGGUGACCUUACAAACAGAGAGGCCAUUUAUGGCGCUGCCGCCUCUGAUGGAGUGGGUGCGUGUGGCCGUGGUCCACACCGAACACAGACGCAGCUUCUCCGUGGACAGCGAUGAUGUCCGGCAGGCUGCCAGGCUGCUGCUGCCUGGAGUGGACUGUGAGCCCCGACAGCUCCGAACGGAUGACUGCUUCUGCGCCUCGAGGAAACUGGAUGCUGCCUCAACCGAAGCGAAGUUCCUGCAGGACUUGGGCUUCCGUAUGCUCAGCUGCGGACGCACGGACCUGGUGAAGCAGGCCGUCAGCUUGCUCGGCCCGGAUGGUAUCAACAGCAUGAGUGAGCAGGGGAUGACCCCGCUCAUGUACGCUUGUGUCCGUGGGGACGAGGCCAUGGUGCAAAUGCUGCUGGAUGCAGGAGCAGACAUCAACAGUGAGGUGCCAAACUCAGUGCACAAGCACCCCUCAGUCUUUCCCGAAACGCGGCAGGCGACGCCCCUCACUUUCGCUGUGUUACACGGACAUGUGCCUGUGGUGCAGCUGCUGCUGGACGCCAAAGCCAACGUGGAGGGGUCCCUGCAGGACGGGAUGGAGAACUACACGGAGACCCCGCUGCAGCUGGCCGCCGCCGCAGGUAACUUCGAGCUGGUGAGUCUGCUGCUGGAGCGGGGGGCCGACCCCAUGGUGGGAACCAUGUACCGUAACGGCAUCUCCACGGCGCCGCAGGGAGACAUGAACUCCUACAGCCUGGCAGCCGCUCACGGGCACAGAAACGUGUUUCGUAAGCUGUUGUCCCACACGGAGAAAGGGAAGGGGGACGUCUUGUCCCUGGAGGAGAUUCUGGCCGAGGGUUCGGAGCUGGAAGGCAGAAGCUCGUCUCAGAUGGACUUGAUCCGGACCGGGAAGGCCAAACUUAAAGCCUUGAAGGAAGCCAUGUAUCACAGCUCCGAACACGGGCAUGUAGACAUCACCAUAGACAUACGGAGCCUCGGGAUCCCAUGGACUUUGCACACGUGGCUGGAGUCUCUGCGUACGUGUUUCCAUCAGCACCGCAGACCUCUGAUCCAGGGUCUGCUGAAAGAGUUCAGCUGCAUUGAGGAGGAAGAGUACACCAUGGAGCUCAUCACUCACGGCCUGCCUCUCAUGUUCCAGAUCCUCAGAGCCAGCAAGAACGAAGUCAUCAGCCAGCAGCUGUCUGCCAUCUUCACCCAGUGUUACGGCCCUUAUCCCAUCCCCAAACUGGCUGAGAUCAAGAGGAAGCAGUCAUCGCGUCUGGAUCCUCACUUCCUGAACAAUAAAGAAAUGUCUGACGUGACCUUUUUGGUAGAAGGGAAACCUUUCUACGCACACAAAGUCCUGCUCUUCACAGCUUCCAACAGGUUCAAAACUCUUCUAGCAAACAGACCUUGUGGAGAAAACACAUGCAUUGAAAUCAGCAAUGUCAAAUAUCACAUAUUUCAGCUGGUGAUGCAGUACCUGUACUGUGGAGGCACAGACGCUCUGCACAUCAGGAACACUGAUGUUAUGGAGCUUCUCUCUGCUGCCAAGUUCUUCCAGCUGGAAGCUCUGCAGAGGCACUGUGAGAUUAUCUGCUCCAAGAACAUCAACACGGAAACAUGUGUUGAGAUCUACAACCACACCAAGUUUCUUGACGCUCCAGACCUUGCGUCCUACAUAGUGGGCUACUUCCUGAAAAACAUGGUAAUCCUCAUCGAGCUGGAGUCUUUCAAACUGCUGCUGUACGACGCGCCUCCGGACAGCCCCGGCUGUGACAUCCUGCAGGACCUGGAGAAAACUCUGGCUGUCCGCAUCCAGUCCAUCCACUUGUCCUCCUCCAAGGGGUCCAUUGUCUGAACUCUGGAUCGCUGAGCGAGACACGAUGGAUGACGGAUUAUCUUUUAGCGAAAGAGGACAAACAAGAGCGUCCAGUUAUGACCUUUGUCUCUGUGAAGCUCAUCGAUUGCUAAUACGCUUCUUGUUAUUUUAGCACAGGUGGUUUACAAGUGUGGCUGCCUCGUCGAUGUACUGUAUGUCUACUAACAUGACUGUUUUAAGACAGCUGUAUUAUGCCACAAUUUGCCAAUAUAUUAUCGUUACAAUGUCCAGCAAAGAAUUUAUCAUCGAAGUAGAACAAUCGAUUACACGCUGAGCGAAUUGGAUCAAGUGGGAACACGGAAAUGAAACCAACCACAAGACUCAGAGAACCUGAACACGUAGCCCAGUUUAUCUGAGAGCUUUAAGAACCUCAGCAUCACAUUGUAAGCCAUUGGUUUGUCCCUGGAUGUGAGGACGACUGUCUGCUGUCUCAUGUUGUGAUUAUUUGCUUAAACAUUUAAACCUGUACAGAGAAAUGAAUUUGUAUAUUUGUCAGUCACUGAGACCGGAUUGCUCUUUAUAGCCAAACAAGAUGAACAUCUGACUAGAAACUGUAACGGGGCUGAAGCAUGUGACUUUGGGUGGAAGAGAGGACCCGUCGUUCCUCCACUGCUGUGUAAAUAUUGUUGAUAAAAAAACAAAAAAACAAAACAGAGCUAUUAAUAAUGUAAGUUAAUGUAUAUAUCCGCAGAUGUUUUCUCACGUGUCUUACUGUUGGAUAAUGCUGUAAAAACUCAAAAGCUCAUUAAUAUCUAUGUGUAAAUGUUGCAUGUCAGAAGGAUGACUUGUUUUGUUUUUUUGUUUGUUUGUUUUGUCAGAACCGUCGGAAGAUUGCAUUCACACUUGAGAAUAGUUUUGUCGUCAGCAUGGGUCACUAGAAACGUGUCGCAGUCAAAUGAUGUUUUUUGCGUGAGAGGCUCCAGGUCCUGUUUAGUCCUGAACUGAGAACAUGAUGUCGGUCGCUGUGAGUCGUUUUUUUUUUUUGUUUGUUUUUUUGUUUUUUCCAGCGAUUGUGAAACCACAUGACGUGUAUGUGUGAUCUUUCCUCUAUAAAGAUCAAUAUAAAGAAGGCUAUGAAUUUGC